AAGACCCGCUCUCCAUGCCAGCACAAAAGCUUCCUUGCUUCAGAUUGUUUGUUUAUGUAAAUUAAAGUGGUGCAUUUAAUUAUGCAACGGGACGAGCCUCAGCAACAAGCGAGGUGCUGAUUGGAUCGCCCCGUGGCCAGAGCCCGCUGGCAAGCCCUUGGCACAUCUGAUGGUGUGACCGCGGACCCUGCUCUGCCGCAGCGCCCGCAGGAGACGAGACGUGCCUUGACCAUCUGAGCAGGGGAACAAAAAUCCCCGGGGAAAAAGGGGUGAGGUGUAGCGCUCCCCACCCCGGGGUGCAGGAGCAGGGCCCCCGGAGGUGCACGGCACGGCCCUAAGCAUGACAGAAGACGUCCCAGCGGCAUCCAGCAUGCCCGAGUGCAACGGGAGCGUGCCUCCGGAGAAGGGCCCGCUCCAGGUCAUUGGCGUCAUCGAGGAAAUAGCAAAAUCUGUUGGGACGGUCCCUUACAUGAAUGCAGAAAUAAGCCCUGAUUCUCCACUUGCAACAGAAAAUCAGGAGGAAAAUAGAAAUUCAUUGGCAGAGGACACAGUGCGUGGGGAUUUUGAUGGAGAAAAGCAAUGUGAAGAAGAGCGAGAAGAAAGUGAUGGGAUGCUACAGCAGGGUUCAGCUGAUAUCCAGGACCCAGGCACGGACAGCGAGGAACUGGAGGAAGGGCUGGGUGGCGAGGGGACGCCUGCGGGCAGCGGGGAGCCAGAGCUGGGGACGGCGGCGGAGACCCUUGCAGCCAGCGCCGACGGGAGCGGGGACGCAGCCGAGGAGGACGAGGAGGCAGAGGAGGAGGAGGAGGACACUGAAGAGGAUGAAGUUCAGGUGAUUGAAAUCAAGAAGGAGAACAGCGAGGCGUCCCGUCUAAAGCAGGACAGCGGCAAGGAGGCAUCUCCCCCGACCAGCCCAGGCUGCAACUCCCAGGCAGAGAAACCGGGGGAUCAGCCCAGCCUGGGGAAAAAAAAUGAUAUCUCCAGACACAGCUACUCCAGAUACAACACAAUCUCCUAUCGGAGGAUUAGAAAAGGAAACACCAAACAGCGAAUCGAUGAAUUUGAAUCCAUGAUGCACUUAUAAACUGAGGUGGGGAAUUGCUUAAUGAGCAAAGCCUUCACUCUGAUUUUUUCUUUGUUGUUUCCCCCAGGACAUGUCUCUUCACACAACAUGAGGUCACUGCUUUUUGCCUUUUUGUAUAUGAUUUCAUAAUUCACUGUGAAAAUUUAACAUCUUCGCUCUGACAGCGGGAAGAGACAUCCAUAGUGCAGGAACAUAAAUAAUCAGUUUGCUAAAUAUAAUACCAUUUGAUUUAAAGUUUAUCUUCUUAUUUUCUAUCCAACUUUUGUAACCAUAUUCAAACAAUAGGAUGUCUUGAACUGGCUGGGGCUUCUCUAGCUGCCGGCACACACGUGAUCCAUGCCGUCAGCCGGGCUGGUAAUGAGUUGGCAGCGCAGCAGCUCCGCUAACACUGGCCAGGGCAGUGUGAAUAAUAAAAGAGGUGACUGUUUGCCACUUCAGCGCGCUCUGUUUUGCUGUCCGUCCAUGCUGGCGUC